AUGAACCGACAUCGAUUUGAGUUGCGCAUGAAUGCGGAGCAGGUCAGCGCUGACCUGCAGAGUGACUGGAACAGCCAGGGUGCGGAGGUGUUUGACUUCGCCAUUCUCGACACCAUAGAGCCCUCUGACGAUCCGCAAUACGACCCCAGCGAGGAUCUGGAGGUCCUGGAACAGCUCUGGCUGGAACAACUCAAGCCGUUUGGUGAAGGGGGAUUUAUGACAGAUACAGACGCGAGAUCAUCGCUAAAGUCGGUGGUCGAAGAUUUGCGUGCAGAGGGUGACGAGCUCUACCAGCUGCUGGAGGAAAUGGACACGGGUUUCUGGACCCAGGUGUCUACAUUUAAAGACUGGACCGUAUGGGAUGUGGUCGCCCAUCUGCACCUUUCAGACCACAUGGCGCUGACCAGCCUGCGCAGCAGUGAUGAUUUCAAGACACUGAUGCGCGACAUGGGCAAAUCCGGUUCCAUGCGCGCUUACACAAACGCCUGGCUGACCGAAAAUGGUCAUUCGAUCAACGGGCCAGAGCUGCUCAUUCGCUGGCGCACAAUGUUCCAACAGUUAUGUGAGGCGCUGGCGGCCGCAGAUCCGGACGAACGUUUUGCCUGGGCAGGUCCCGGCAUGAAAGCCCGCAUGUUUGCCACUGCGCGGCAAAUGGAAACCUGGGCCCAUGGCUGGGAAAUCUACGAUUUGAUGAAAGUGAAACGACGCCAUUCAGAUCGUUUGCAGAAUAUUGUAACCAUUGGUGUGCGGACAUUCGGCUGGUCGUUCAGCAAUCGCAAACUUCCCGUACCUGAACCUGCACCCUACGUUGAGCUCACCGCACCUUCGGGGAAGCUCUGGACGUUUAAUGAUCAGGAUGAAAACAACUGUGUUCGCGGCACUGCCGUCGAUUUCUGCCAGGUCGUCACCCAGGUGCGGAACGUCGCCGAUACACAGCUUCAAGUCAGCGGAGACACCGCAAACGGCUGGAUGGCCAUUGCCCAGUGUUUCGCUGGGCCACCCGAAGACCCGCCUGCGCCAGAGGAUACCUCGACCGGGCUCGCAGCAACGGACGGCGUGACCGCCCCGCUACUCGAAGGCAUUGGCCCGCUGCAGUUUCCUAUCAGUACCAGCGUCCCCCUGGCGCAAGCCUAUUUCAAUCAGGCUCUGACGCUGUCAUUUGGUUUCAAUCACGCCGAGGCUGUUCGAUCGUUCAAAGAGGCAGCACGCCAGGAUGCCACUUGUGGUAUCUGUUGGGCAGGAGCAGCACUUGCACUGGGUCCGAACAUCAACGCGCCUAUGUCUGAAGAUGCGGUAGCACCCGCCUGGCAGGCCAUACAGCAGGCCAUCGCCCUGCGCGCGUUCGAAACACCACGAGAGCAGGCUUAUAUAGACGCCAUCGCUACACGUUACAGUGAAGAUGGCGGCGAUCGUAAAGCGCUGGACAUCAUUUAUGCCGGCUCCAUGAGCGGUCUGGUUGAACAAUAUCCAGACGACCUGAAUGCCCGCGCGUUACGCGCCGAGGCGUUGAUGGAUCUGAUGCCCUGGGCUUACUGGAAUGACGACGGCAGUGCCGCCAGUCAGAACACCAACAUCCUGGUUGAAGAUCUUGAAACGGUGAUGGCGGCGGAUCCUCAGCAUCCUGGCGCGUUGCAUCUAUACAUUCAUGUCAUGGAGCGGUUUGAACCCCAACGUGCCGUUGCAGCAGCCGAUCGUCUGGGUGGACUGGUACCCGUGGCCGGCCAUCUGGUACAUAUGCCGUCACACAUUUAUCUGCGUGUUGGCCGCUACAGUGAUGCGGUAGAUGCAAAUGCCGAAGCCGCUGAGGCGGACGAAGACUAUAUUGCGCAAUGUAACGCCCAGGGCCUGUAUCCCGCGGCGUACUACCCACACAACAUCCACUUCCUGUGGUAUUCCGCCAUGAUGGAAGGUCGUAAAACGCUGUCGAUCAGCAGCGCACUGAAACUGGCAGAACGAGUGCCGCUGGAUAUGGCCCGACAGAUGGGGGCUUUGCAGAGUUACGUUGCUGUGCCCGUCUAUACAUAUGUUCGUUUUGGCAUGUGGGAUGAGGUGCUGGCGCUGCCUGAUGCGCCGGAAGGACUACCCUUCAGCCAGGCCAUGCUGCACUACGGGCGCGGGCUGGCCUAUGCGGCAAAAGGUGACGUUCAGCGCGCUCAGGCUGAACUGGAUACGUUAUCUAACAUGGCCACCAGCGAACCUGUGCAAAGCUUGAAUAUGCGCAUGCCCGGUGUAAACGAACCUUUGAUGGGUAUCGCCAGCAGCCUGGUGACUGCCAGAAUCGCCCGGGCCGGAAAUGAUAGUUAUGUGGAACUGGCUGCGCUGGAAAAAGCCGUCGCCUUGCAGGAUUCACUCCCGUACACCGAACCACCACACUGGCAUUACCCCGUACGACAGACGUUGGGCGAAGCUCAACUCAGAGCCGGACAUUACGCCGACGCCGCAAUCACCUUUGCGGAGGAUCUGCAGCACUUCCCGAAAAACCCCUGGUCACUAUACGGCUCAGAAUUAGCUCAGAAUGGUCUUGGCGAAGCCACAGACGAUGUAAAGCAGCAGCGGAUCCACGCCUGGCGCAAUGCGGACAUUGACCCUGCGGUCAGCUGGUAG